AUGGAACCGCACCAUAUUCAAAUCGAACACCUUCAUGACGACCCCACCCAUUCGCCCUGCGGGUCCUACAGCUCCAGCGAGACCCUCGAAGACGAGCUCGACCAGGACCGCUUCAACCGCCUGAGCAACACCAGCACCUCGACCCUCGUCGGCGCAAACGGAACCAGCGGCAAUAACUCGCGGUCAUCCUCCCCCUUUGACCAAGAGGUCAAAAUCAACCCUACUUCUCGGUCCUCUUCUCCCGCUUCCUCAGCUUCUCACAAACGGGGGCUCUGGUACCGCUUCACACACUCCGAGGUCGGUCGAGUCUUCUCGGCUUUUUGCUACUUCACUUUUGUCUGUAUCGGCAUGGCCUUCUGUAACCAACUCUCGGACCACCGCUGGGUCGAGACUGGAUACACCCAGGUCCUGUUGCGCGACCGAGGCUUUGAUGUGAUUGCCCCGCAAUCCGAUAUCGGGCCCGCCAAUUUUUUUGUCAUGACCUCGGUGGUGUUGACGGUCCUCGGCAUUGGCUUCAUCUGCCCCAACUGGACCAUGCGAGCUGUAGUGCUUCGUCGCUGUCUCUGGGUGAUUGGAUCCCUCUCAGUCUACAGGGCCUUGACCAUCUCUGUCACUACUUUGCCUUCGCCCAAGGAGGAGUGCCGGCCGAGCCUCAAGUAUGGUUUCUGGGACAUGCUGGUCAUUGCCAUCCAGAUGAUCCCUGGAAAUGUCGAGGCUUGCACCGACGAUAUCUUUUCUGGACACACCGUCUUUAUGUAA